ACCACUGGCCAGUUACUCGUGCACCCGCGCUCCUCAAACUUGAUAUUUAUUUGGGAUCAUAAAAAAUCACUUCAACGCAUUCCAUCGACUAUUUCGAGUUCUAGGAGUUGAUGGAUUGAGUAGAGAACAGGAGUUUAAUAUGAGAAUCUUCAGGGAAUUACUCAUUUGGAUUUGGAUUUUUGUUCCUGUCUUGUCAUCACCUCAGGGGAGAGCUGAUAAUGUUUCCAAGGAUUGCCCAAGGAAAUGCUGGUGUUAUCAGACUGCUGUACGGUGCAUGUUCCAGGGUAUCACCCGAGUGCCGAGAGUUUCUGGGAACUCUACGAUUUUAGACCUAAGGUUCAACGAUAUCGCAGAUCUACCACCGGGUACAUUCCAUGGAUUGAAAAGUCUCGAUACAAUUUUGCUGAAUGAUAAUAAAGUCCGGCACUUGACGGCAAAUGCAUUUGUGGGCCUUACGAACUUGACUAUUCUAUAUCUGUACAAAAAUCGAAUAACUUCCGUGUCAGCUGGGGCAUUUGCACACUUGGUAAAUCUCCGACAGCUUUAUCUCCACGAGAAUCGUCUGACGGAAAUCGAAGCGGGUACAUUCAGCAAUCUACCGAAAUUGGAGAGACUAUUUUUACAGAAUAAUAGACUCCACAGAAUACCAGCGGAUGCGUUUGAAAAUGUUGGGCCAAUGACACGUCUCAGGUUGGAUAGCAAUGCGCUGGUAUGUGAUUGCGAUCUUCUUUGGCUUGUGGAGAGACUUCGUGAAGGACCAUCGGAAACAGCGGCUGUCUGUCGAGCUCCAGUGGAGAUGGAAGGACGAUCACUCACCUCCAUGUCCACUGACGAUUUUCAUUGCCAUGUACCAAAGAUAAUGGAAGGCCCCGAAGACGUUCAAUUGGCAGCUGGUGAGACAGCUUCUUUCACCUGCAAAGUAAUAGGAGAUCCAAAACCGAAAAUAAAGUGGAUGAGAAAUUCAGACGAAGUCAAUCCAGACGGUUCUCGCUGCAUCAUAAAAGACGAUGGCACUCUCGUUAUUUCGGAUAUUUCUGAGAACGAUGUUGGAGAGUACGAGUGCAUUGCAGAGAGUAAAAUGGGUUCAACAUCAUCGAGAAAAGCCAGAGCGAUUAUAACAGCGACACCCUCCAUUCGUUUUAUAGAAAUUCCCAAUUCGCAGUCCGUAACAGCUGGUGAUGACGUAUUUUUCACAUGCAUAGCAGAUGGUCAUCCUAGUCCACGGAUUGAAUGGUGGAGAAAUGGCCAGCGGCUUCGAGGAGACGACAGGAUAUUCCUGGAGGAUGAGGGUACCACUCUACGGAUUAUUUCGACAACCACUGGAGAUUCAGCGAGAUAUGUGUGUCAAGGGAAAAAUAUUCACGGUUUGGCGGAGGUCAGUGCAGACUUGAAUGUUGUUUCCAGCAAUUUCAACCCUCCAAGACUGACGUAUCAGCCCCCAGAGGACAUGGAAACAGAAAUAGGAGCCACGGUUGAACUUCCCUGUCGCUCCGAAGGUGAACCUAAACCCAUAAUCCACUGGAAGAAGGAUGGAAGCGCCUUGGAAGUCAUUCCCAGGUACAAAAUCUCACGUGGAGGAAGUUUGUACAUCCAAAACAUCACGUUAACUGACUCUGGAAGGUACGAGUGCACAGCUGUGAAUGAUUAUGGACGAGCAACUGCUCAGAGUCUUCUAAAAGUCAAACAGGUACUUGUUACUUCUAAUAGCAUUGUCCAUCGAGCUUUUCAAGACGCAACAGACAGCAUUGACAGAGCAGUCAAUCAGACAUUGGGAAAAUUAUUUGGAAUCGAUGGCGCACCCCCCACUGGUCACUUUGAUCCAUUCAGAAUAGCCAGAUUUCCCAAUAAAAUCGCAAGGGCUAAUGCCAGACCUGCUGAGAUUUUCGAGAGAACUCUAGUCAAUAUCCGAAAAUUUGUUAAUCAAGGGAUGAAUGCUAAUAUCUCAGGGCCUUUUAAUUAUCACGAUAUUUUGACACCCGAACAAGUUAGGGAGAUUGAGAGACUCUCGGAUUGCACUGGACACCGGAUAAAACCAAAAUGCAACAAUUUGUGUUUUCACAGUAAAUACAGAACUGUCGAUGGCACUUGUAAUAAUUUGAAACAGACAACCUGGGGGUCUUCCUACACAGGAUUCAGGAGAAUACUCCAACCGAUUUAUGAGAAUGGAUUUUCUCAGCCAAUUGGAUGGGACAAGACAAGACUCUACUUCGGAUUUCCAAAACCCGCUGCAAGACUGAUAUCCACAAAAAUUAUUUCAACAAAUAAAAUCACUUCAGAUGAUAAGUUGACGCACAUGUUGAUGCAAUGGGGUCAAUUCCUGGAUCACGAUCUGGAUCACGCCCUUCCCGCGGUUUCGAGUGAGUCCUGGGAUGGAAUUGAUUGUAAAAAAUCCUGCGAUAAUGCAGCACCGUGUUUUCCGAUGGAAGUACCUCCUGGAGAUCCCAGGAUCACCAACCGACGUUGCAUUGAUUUCGUGAGGUCCAGUGCAGUCUGUGGAUCUGGAAUGACUAGUAUUCUUUGGGGGGAGGGAAUGACACCCAGGGAACAGAUGAAUCAAUUGACGAGCUUUAUAGAUGCAUCCCAAGUGUAUGGGUAUGACGAUAGUUUAGCUAGAGAUCUUCGAGAGUUGCAGAAUGAUCGAGGAUUGCUGAGGGAGGGUGCUGCAUUGCCUGGAAGGAAACCAAUGCUGCCUUAUAUGUCUGGACAAUUUGUGGAUUGUCGAAGAAAUCCUCAGGAAAGUUCGAUAAAUUGUUUUGUUACUGGGGAUUUCAGAGCUAAUGAGCAGGUGGGAUUACUGGCAAUGCACACGAUUUGGUUGAGGGAGCAUAAUCGAAUUGCUAGGGCUUUAGAGGAGUUCAAUCCUCACUGGUCUGGGGAGAAAUUGUAUCAGGAAGCUAGGAAGAUUGUUGGAGCUGAGAUGCAGCAUAUCACUUAUCAGCACUGGAUUCCCACUGUUUUUGGAAAGAGUCUUGAGGAAUUGAUUGGGGAAUACCCUGGGUAUGAUCCAGAUCUCGAUCCCAGGAUUUCAAACGUUUUCGCAACAGCUGCAUUACGAUUUGGGCAUUCUCUCAUUCAACCGCGUUUGGAGAGAUUGAACGAAACGUUUGAUAGUAUUCCUCAGGGUCCUCUCAGUCUUCGCGAUGCAUUCUUCUCACCUUGGAGGCUCGUAGAUGAGGGUGGAGUCGAUCCUCUACUUCGUGGAAUGUUUGCUACACCUGCCAAACUCAAAUUACCAGAGCAGAAUCUCAAUUCUGAACUCACUGAGCAGCUCUUCAGGACUGCUCAUGCUGUGGCUUUGGAUUUAGCUGCCAUGAACAUUCAGAGAGCUAGGGAGCAUGGAAUACCUGGAUAUCUGGAAUGGAGAAAGUAUUGUAAUAUGUCAAGUGUUGAUGAUUUCGAAGAUCUCGCUGAGGAAAUCAGUAAUCCACGAGUGAGAAGAAAACUGAAGGAGAUUUAUGGACAUCCUGGGAACAUGGAUGUUUGGGUCGGUGGAAUUUUAGAGGAUCAACUGCCUAAUGCCAAAGUUGGGCCUCUCUUCAAGUGCCUUCUAUUGGAGCAAUUCCGCAGGUCUCGUGAUGCCGACAGAUUCUGGUAUGAGAAUCCCUCGUCCUUCAAACCAGAACAGCUACAGGAGAUUAAACAUAUCAGUUUGGCCAGAAUUCUCUGCGAUAAUGGAGAUAAUAUCAGCAGAGUUCAACAAGAUGUCUUCCAACUCCCUGAAGGAGAGAAUAGCUUUGUUAAUUGCGAUAAAAUUCCGUCAAUUGAUCUUCGAAUCUGGUCCGAUUGCUGUGAGAACUGUGAAGGACCUUCUGACAACGGAAUUUCAAGAUCCAGGAGAGAGGCUGACAAGUAUAUGGAACACAUAAAUGUUAGGAACAUUAGGAAUCUUGAACGACAGGUCAAGGAUCUCCAGAGAGAAUCGAACUCACUCAAAGAACAAGCCAAAGAGAUGGCCCUGGGUUUCAAAAUAUUGCAAGCGCAAUUGAGCUCGCAAAUCAUUUCUAAUUUCUAAUAUUCUCAAAACAGCUGCAUGUUUUAUAUCUUGAUAUCCACAUACAAUUUUGUACAUAUAAUCUUGAAUCAUUGCUAUGUAAUUUACACCUGUAUCUUCAAUGUACAUAUUAACUUUGGAAUAAUUCAUGGCUAUCAACUGUAGAACAAUUGUGCGCGCUUGAAUUGGUUUUUUAUAUGCAAUUUUUGCUUUCAAUGUUUUAGUAUUUACUGAUAUUAUCUUGUAUUCAACCCCAAUUCUUUGAAAUUCACUUGGAAAAGAAUCGAAAUGAUGAAUUAGAGUCAAUCCAUGAAUAGGAAUGAUGCGGAAAUUAUUUUUCUAUCGAUUUCUUCCUUGUACGUGGAUGAGUCGGAGUUAUUUAUAGAAUAUCUUCCUCAGGCCACAGCUCCACUGGUUCACUCCACUCGAUGAUUGUGGAUCAUAAAUUCAAACCGUUAAGGUACAAAGAAUUGUUUCUGAUUUAUGUAAAACACGAUUAUCACUCCACCAUA